UGGUACGAGGAAGUGGCUGCUGUAACUUCACACGGUUGUUUGGUGGCGUAUCAUAUAUAUACAUCUGGAUACCUUAAUUAAGAGGGAAAAUACAGAGAAUACAUUUUUUGAGCGUUUUGAACAUUAUCUUCUCAAAAGAGGCAGAGUGUGAAGAAACCUGUCGGAUUUUGUAGAGCUCCAGUUGGGAUGUAGACUGAGGGUCCAGUUCCGUCUCUUCCACUCUGCUUUCGGGUCUCUCGAAGCCAACAGAUGGCCACCGUGAAUAAUUCUGUGUCCGAGGACCCCCUCCUAGGCAAAGGGCCUGACGAAGACGCCUCAGAGGUGUCUUUGUCAGAAAGUGAGUCGGAUUCUGGGAGUGUCCUCUCAGAUGACUCAGUGCUUCCAGACUACCAGCAGGAAGGUGGUUCACGGGGCACCGCCAACACGCUGUAUGAGGCGUGUGCUCGGAACAACACCCUGGCACUCCGGAAGGUUUUGGAGAGAGGGGUUACCAAAGAGGAGGUCAUGAAGGUGGACCACAAUGGUUGGACCGGUCUGAUGGUGGCGUGCUAUAAGGGUUUUUUGGAAAUUGUGCAACAUCUUCACCACUGUCCCUACCUGGACAUAAAUCACCAGGACAACGAUGGCAACACUGCACUGAUGAUCGCUUCACAAGCAGGUCACACCAUUACAGUGACCUACAUCCUCAACUACUACCCCGGAGCAGACACAGAGAUCCGGGACUGCCGUGGCUUCACUGCACUCAUCAAAGCAGCCAUGCAGGGCCGAGACGAUGUGGUGUCUUCCCUCGUCAUGGCCGGUGCAGACCUAAAUGCUGUAGACUCUACGAAGCAGAGGUGUGCGAGGGACUGGGCACUAAAGACGGGCCGCUACGAGACGUUGAACCGCCUCCGCCGCCUCAACCUGCGGCCUAGAGCUGAGCAGUUCGCUGAGAGCUACGUCCCCGAAUGGCCAGAGCUGAAGGAGCUGGUGGCCAAGGCCAUGGCCAACAAGAGCGCCAGCCAGAAGAUUACCCAGCGCAUCAAGUCCACCUUCGGCUUCAACUUUCCCCGAGAUCCCCAGGAAAACGGGGUCUUGGACCACAUGGUGCGUAUCACCACCAGCAUCCACAGCCCUCUAGUGGCCACCGGCUGCCGGCCCCUCUGCCCCACCAGCCCCCCUGAAGUGGGGAAGAGGCGCCUGGCCGUGCCAGAGCUGGCGAAGAAGCAUUCAGAGAAGGAGCUGGGGGAGAGCUCUGUGUGCCACAGCAAUGGCUCCGUAUCCUCCAUCAUUCCCCACAUCCACUCAGCCGAGACCAUCGCCACGUCCUGCUGCGUGGACACAGAGCGCAGGGGCAGCAUAAUCUCUAUAGCUUCCACCGGGGUGCGCACCUUCAUCCCCAGGCACAUGGCCCACAGGAACAGUGUGUUCCCCUCUGGCUGUAUCCCAAAGAUCCAGAUAGUCAAGUCUGGAGAGCCGACGCCUAAGAAGGAGAAGAAGAAGAAGAGGCACAAGGGUCAUCUGGAGCCGCCCAUAUGGAAGUACAAGGCAGAGAAGCAGGAGAAGAAGAAGGCAGAGAAAGAAAAAGAGAAAACCAAGAAGGACAAGAAACAGAAGAAACAGAAGAAGUGAGGUGUCUAAUAAUGCCAAUUUAUUUUAAUUCCGCCCACUUCCAAUAUUCUUUUCCUAGAGUUACACUUAAAACGUUAUGCCACGUUCACACUGUGAGCUUGACUGUAUCUGAAUUCUGAAGUACUGCUCAGUACUA